CAAUCAAUAGUAUUAUAAAAUACAGUUUAAAAAGUACAUACUGUUUGUUAUUAUUAACUAAAUUUUUAAUUUAAAAAAAAAUUAAUAAUAAAUAAUAUUAUAGUGUUUUGAUCGGUCCAUAAGUUUGUAGUGACAGUCAUACAGACAGACACAGACACUCACACAUAAUAAUGUUAGUAACGGGUAUACUAUGUGUACGCAAUCAUUUGCCAAUGGAUGUCAAGUUUAUCGGCCGUACAGUUUUGGUCCGCAACGGCGAUCUGGACGGCGCUCUCCGAGUGGUCAACAAGAUUAUGGGCAACGAACGGCUGUUCGAUAUCUACCGGCGCACCCGUACCUAUGAAAAGCCGUGGAAUACCCGGCGUCGGGUUAAUUGGGAACUAUGCAAAUCAAUUUACAAUGAGGACAUGGAUAGGAAAAUCAAAUUUGUUAUGCGAACCAAUCGACUGGAUAGGGAUCUGGCGGUUAAAUUGUAGACACAAAAUAAUUUUUGAAUAUAAAUAGUCGCAAUGGGAUUCGAACUCACAACCCAUUAUCUAUUACAUAAUACUAGUGUUUGUACUGUAGAUUAAAUAUUA